AUGUCGUUACACCCUGUACGCUUGCUCCAUAUCGCAAUAUUCUGCACGCUUUUAGCGUCGUCACUAUGGUCAGUUCACGGACUAGGGAACACAAUCGCCCACAAACCGUCUUCUGUGGAAAGCAAGGUUGGCACGCUGUCGAGCUCGAUCUUCGGUGAAGACUAUCUUCGUGAGGUCGAGUCGUUGCUGCGCGACACAUAUGGUGGUAUGUUAGCAAUGUCUAGAACUCAUUCUGACUCAUUUUGUGCAGUGCGCGAGGUCGAGUUCUUCCGUCGCAUGAUCUCUGACUUCGAUCAUCGCCAUGCGGACGAUGAAGCUUUGUUCCUCGACGACGCCGAGCUGGAGUCCCACGUAUCCGGGGACACCGGAAAGGACUUCGCGCUUCACUAUAGAGAGAGUGACGCCAACGAGACGGAUUACAAUCGGCGGAAGGCGCGGGCGCUUGUAUUGCUGAUAAAGGAGCAAUUCCGUGCGCUUGACGAAGUACACACGACCUACGUAAAGCCGCAUUUGACCCGUUUUAGUCAAAUUCGCGAGCUUUCAAAGCAGGAGUCCAUUUAUACGGACACCCCAUGCUCCACGCAAGCUGGCUGCGACCGCCUCGAAAUGCUGGUCAACUUGUGCACCGCUAUACGUGGCGGUUCGCAUUUUGCCUACGAGAUAUUCGUGAAGUCAAUAUACUACAUAUCGCAGCACCGCCCUGCAUUACGGUUCAGCCACAACCACACCGGCACCGUCCGCAUCUUCCGCGGUCGAUGCAGCCCGUUCGACGGUGACGGGGGUAAAAAGCAGAGCUUCAGUGCAUAUGAAUACGACACCCGCAACAUGCAUUUGCCACUGAUGAAGAAUUUAGAAAAGCAGUUAAAGCUCCUGGUCAACAAGGCCUUUCUCGCUGACGUAGAUACCGUCGAGGAACUGCCUGAUGUCCUUGUUCCUGACCAGGGCGCACUGGUGGAUGAGCGCAGCCGACCUGCCGACGCUCUCUACGUCCACACCGGUGAGGAUGAUCUCAUCCUUGACGGCGUCGGACUUCUCGAUUUUAACGCCUGGCAGCACCUUGACAACCCUGACGCGCUUCUCUCCCAAGAAGUUCCUGAUUUCAAUCGACUUUCCGUCAUCAGCGAUGUUAGAGUUGAUGGGAAAGUGCGCGUGUACAAGCCUCAUCUUGUACUGGUACUUCUUGGUGACACCCGUGAUCAUGUUGUUGAUGUGUGUCAUGACGGUCCUGAUGGUGGCGAUCAUGGACUUAGUCCCGAACCACUGCAUCAAGAUGACGGUCCUCCCGUCCUUGGAGAGCCUGAUCUCGAUGGGGACGUGCGAGAAGUCGCGGGUGAGGUCGCCAUACUUGCCCUGGACGGUGACCUUGCGCGACUUGACAGCGAUGGUGACUGCGUGCUGUGUUAG